CUCGUCACUUCGUUUGAGCGGCCCUGUCGAACGCACGCGAGCCACUCGCCUCGCCCGCGCUGCAACUACACACGUUUCAUAAAAGAAAAUGCCUUCCUGGUGGGACUAUCUCCACUUCAAUAGACAAUACAAUAACAAGAGAAACUUAGAAGAAGGUCUUUUCCAAAUUGCAUCGCAAACUUGCAAUAUUUUAGUCAAAGUUAACAACACCAACAACAUUAAUCUAACGAGGAACAAUCGGAGUGAUGAGUACGGUUGUGCUGGACCUCCUAAAAAUAAGAGCUCGAUGCAGAUCUGCGUGCCCAAGUUCAGGAAGAAUUCCAUCACGUCUGGCUGCAACCCUGGACUUUCCACUGUGCUAGAAUCUGGGAGUGUGGGGAACGCGUCGUCGUCUGAUGAAGAAUUGGAGCAGUGGGAACAGAUAUUCAUGAUGCGAGAUGAAAAUGGAAAUAGUUAUAAUGACAAAAGAAAAAAACGCAGUAUAUGGUGUCGUCCAUCAUGCAUCCCAGUUUCCAUAGUAAUAGUUCUAAUAGUGUUGGUCGUGUUGGUACCUCUGCUCGACCAACCCAACAUUGUGCAUAUGAACGCCACCAUCGCUGCAGUUUCUUUACAUUGCUCAGAUGAGUGUAGGUUAUCAUUAGUUGAAAGUAUACCGGAGGGGCAUAUGUACCCUCCCAAUGUGACGCAUUUACCUACGAAAAAUGUGUGGUUAGACUUGAUAGAUGAAGCUCAAACCAGGAUAGAAAUAGCGUCGUUUUAUUGGACUCUUAGAUAUAAUGAAGAAUAUCCUUAUAAUUCCUCUAUAGAGGGUGAGCAAGUGUUCCAAGCAUUAUAUGCUGCCGGGUCAAAAAGAAAUAUAGAUUUAAAAAUUGCUCAAAAUUGGCCCAGUAAAAAUUUUCCUAAUGUAGAUACAGAAUAUUUAGUUAAGAAGAAAGCUGCACAGGUGCGGAGUUUAAACUUUUCAAAGUUACUAGGCAAUGGGAUUCUCCAUACAAAGUUUUGGAUCAUCGAUAGAAAACACUUCUACAUCGGUAGUGCAAACAUGGACUGGCGUGCGCUUACGCAGGUGAAGGAGUUGGGUAUAGUCGCGUUCAACUGUUCCUGCCUAGCAGAGGACUUGGGGAAAGUCUUUGAUGUUUACUGGAGCUUGGGCACUCCAGAUGCGGUGGUACCGGACAGCUGGCCUUCGAAGCUGAACACUGACAUCAACAUGGAACACCCUGUGAACAUAUCCGACGCGCAACACAACUAUGGCGCUUAUAUCACUAGUUCGCCGCCGCCGCUAAGUCCGCAGGGUCGCACGGAUGACUCGAACGCGAUCGUGUCCAUCAUCGAGUCGGCGGAGGAGUUUGUCUACAUCUCGGUUAUGGAGUACGAGCCUAUGUGUACCUUCACGCAUAAGCUGUCAUUUUGGCCUAAAAUAGACGACGCGAUCCGCAAGGCGGCUCUAGAGAACAAAGUGAAGGUAAAGCUACUGAUCAGCUGGUGGAAACACUCGGCGCCCUCAGAGGACUACUUCCUCCGCUCACUCACCGACCUGUCGCAGGCUUACCCCAGAGUUGAUCUACAAGUGAAACGCUUCGUAGUCCCAUCAACACCAGAACAAGACAAGAUUCCUUUCGGGCGAGUGAACCACAAUAAAUACAUGGUGACUGACCGUACUGCAUACAUUGGCACAUCCAACUGGUCCGGAGAUUACUUCAUAAGUACCGCCGGCGUCGCCUUCGUAUUCCAAGACCAGACUCAUGAUGGAAGCUUCCAGAAUCUUACGAGAGACAUAAGGAAAGAUCUUCAAGAAGUCUUCGAAAGAGACUGGAACUCUCCCUACGCGGUCCCCUUAAGACGGUUAUAGCGUACGAUGCUAUAUUAAAUUAUGUCAAAAUAUCUUCCUUCCUUGUUGUUUAAAGUGUGUCGUUUUUUAAUGUUUGUUAGGUAUACCUACGUACUUUAGAGCGUUCUUAAGAUUUUUUUAGUUGGGUUUGUAUCGUGAUUUCAGUCGGUUUCCAAAAAAAAAAUUCGUAAUUAUGAAGAUUUUUUUUUUCGUUAAAAAUAAUUGUUAAGUAAAUGUGAACUUGGUUCUUAUGUCUCGAUCUUAACCAAAUCUCAAACAAUUCUCGAUUGUUUCCCAGCUUGUUGUAAUUAUCAUUUUGUCCUCAGUAGCAAUUUAUCAGUACAUUAAAAAAAAAUGAAACUUAGGUGUAAGAUAUUCAAGUAUUAAUAAAAUUAAAUUUGGAUAUAGUGUGACUGUGCCUUCGUAGUUCGAGAGACGAAUAUAUGAAAUCUUCGAGUGUAUGUCAAAGUAGAUUUUUAUAUCUUUUUAGAUUUACAUUUACUGUAUUACACUAAGAAAAUGUAUUUCAGAAGCGGGUAGCAUAGUAUUAUGUAAUCCAUACAUUCGCAUGUAAAUAAGUGUACGAUUCAAUAGUCAAAUGUAUAUUAAAAUCAAUAAAAAUAUACCUAUAUAAAAUUGGCAACGUUCGUAACAAUAAGCAAACGAAAUCACUGUGAUUCUAUUUUAAUGUAAAAGGUACGAAAUGAACAAGUCAAAAAAAUGAAUCGCAUUUAACAAGCAUUGUUAAAUGCGAUUCAUUUUAAACCUUACGAAAAAUGCUAGAGCAUCUCUUUUUAAAUAUUUGACGUAUUAGGAUUAUAAUAAUGUGCUUUAAAAUCCUUUUGUGAAAGCACUAAACGUGUGUACAAGUACUUCGAGUAAACUAUCUUUAUCUAUCGACUUUAAAAUUAAUGCAAUUAAUCGAACCUUUCUAAAAUUGUGUAAUCCUUAAAAUCCAAUAAAUGUAAUAAAAUGUACUUACCCUCGGCGUUACAGAUCAAAUAUUUCGCCAAAUAUUUUUAAGACUAAUGAUUAUGUUGAAAAAAUACUUCAGUAGGUAAAGUAGGUUGCAAUAGAUUUAUUAUACAUAUCAAUUCUAUGUAGCAAAUCCUACUUAUAAUGUAUUUGAAAUAUUCAAUCGAAUUAUUAUUGUAUUUUUGAAAUUUUAAUCAGCUAUCGAUGUUGUCAAUAAAUAUAUUUAAAGACUUGAAUACUUCAUUUAUGAAGGAUCUAAUAUUAUUUCCAUUGGCUAUUUAAACUAAUAUGUAUUAAUAAAGCAAUAGAUUAUAUUAUGUUCAAUGAUAAAACGCGUGAUCGAUGCUGAAUAACUAAAGAUGGGUUUAAAAAAUAAAAAGUUAUUACUUUCA